GCCUCACGGAUCAGCUGAGGGAUCCGAGAUGUCCGUUGACAGCGGCGGCGGCGGCGGCCGCGCGGCCGGUUCCGGGUUCGGCGCGGGGCGGGGGAUGUGAAGCCGAUGGAGCGGCCGGGGGAAGGCGAGCAGCCGCCGCCGCAGCAGCCGUGGGGGAGACUUCUCCGCCUGGGCGCCGAGGAGGGCGAGCCGCACGUCCUCCUGAGGAAACGGGAGUGGACCAUCGGGCGGAGAAGAGGUUGUGACCUUUCAUUCCCCGGCAAUAAACUGGUCUCUGGAGAUCACUGUAAAAUUAUAGUGGAUGAAAAAUCUGGUCAGGUGUCGCUGGAAGAUACCAGCACCAACGGAACAGUAAUUAACAAGCUGAAGGUUGUUAAGAAGCAGACUUGCCCUUUACAGACUGGGGACGUCAUCUACUUGGUGUACAGGAAGAAUGAGCCAGAACACAAUGUGGCAUACCUCUACGAAUCCUUCCAUGAAAAGCAAGGCGUAACGCAAGACUCCUUCGAAGCUAAUAAAGAAAACGUGUUCCACGUGACCAAAGAUACCUCAGGUGCAGGGCGAGGCGACGACCCCCAGGAUCCCCAGGUCCUGCCAUCGCCACCCGCCACUCAGGUGUGCUUUGAGGAACCACAGCCAUCAACGUCCACAUCGGACCUCUUCCCCAUGGCCUCUACCUCUUCCAUGGAGCCCACCUCUGCAGGACGAGGGCCUCCCUCCAGCUCCGGCUCGAGAGGUGCAGACGUCUCCCCAAAAGGGUGUGGUCCAUCUGUGGCAAGUGAUGAAGUCGUCAUCUUCCCUUUGGCUCUCCCAGCAAGAGAGGGGGCGUCCUUUUCUCUGUCGGAACCCAAGGACCAGGAGGACUUGGAGCCCGUUAAGAAGAGAGUAAAAGCAGACGGGGAGCCCGCCCUGAACCUGCCCCUGGUCACAGACCCGGGCGGAGACCCCCACAGUACCCUCAACGUCAGAGCUGCGACCGUGAAGCCAGACAAGAUGGAGGAGACUCUCACGUGCAUCAUCUGCCAGGACCUGCUGCACGACUGUGUGAGCCUGCAGCCCUGUAUGCACACCUUCUGCGCUGCCUGCUACUCGGGCUGGAUGGAGCGCUCUGCCCUGUGCCCCACCUGCCGCUGUCCAGUGGAGCGGAUCUGUAAAAACCACAUCCUCAACAACCUGGUGGAGGCAUAUCUGCUGCAGCACCCGGACAAGAGGCGCAGCGAGGAGGACGUGCGCAGCAUGGCCGCCAGGAACAGAAUCACGCAGGACAUGCUGCAGCCCAAGGUCAGGAGGGCCUUCUCCGACGAGGAGGGGAGCUCCGAGGACCUGCUGGAGCUGUCGGACGUGGACAGCGAGUCCUCGGAUGUCAGUCAGCCGUACAUCGUGUGCAGACAGUGCCCCGAGUACCGCAGGCAGGCGGGGCGGCCCCUUCCCUGCCCAGGGCCCGGCAGUGAGCCAGGGGUACCGCAGGCCCCUGGGGAUGCACCAUCGACGUCCGCCAGCAUCACGACAGCCCAGGACUACGUGUGUGCCCUGCAAGGAAGCCACGCCAUAUGCACCUGCUGCUUCCAGCCCAUGCCCGACCGGAGGGCGGAGCGCGAGCGGGACCCCCGCAUCGCCCCCCAGCAGUGUGCCAUCUGCCUGCAGCCCUUCUGCCACCUGUACUGGGGCUGCGCCCGGACUGGCUGCCUCGGCUGCCUGGCCCCAUUCUGCGAACUCAACCUGGGCGACCGGUGUCUGGACGGGGUGCUGAGCAACAACAACUACGAGUCGGAUGUCCUGAAGAAUUAUCUGGCCACCAGGGGUUUGACGUGGAAAAACAUGUUGACUGAGAGCCUCGGGGCUCUGCAGAGGGGAGCGUUCCUGCUGUCUGAUUACAGAAUCACCGGAAACACCGUGCUGUGCUACUGCUGUGGCCUGCGGAGCUUCCGCGAGCUGACCUACCAGUAUCGGCAGAACAUCCCUGCUUCUGAGCUGCCGGUGGCCGUAACGUCCCGUCCUGAUUGCUACUGGGGCCGCAACUGCCGCACUCAGGUGAAGGCCCACCACGCAAUGAAAUUCAAUCACAUCUGUGAACAGACGAGGUUCAAGAACUAAACAUCCAGGGAGGCAGCACAAUGGCUUGGGAGUAUUGCCAGUCAAUGACAGUGUCUCAGAAAAUACUGAAUACAGACGCUUUAAGAGCAUUUCACAGUGCCCCUCAGGGGACGCCGGGGGUCUCUGCUUCGGGCACUCUGGUGCGACCUUUCUCUUGUGGAGUGAGACCCUCUCGGCGAGAACCCCUACCAGUGGCGCCCAGAGCCCUGGGCCAGAGCAGGAGCUGUCAGCCGUCCCCUCCUGUUGAAGACAACCACAAGGUUUGCUCUCUGUACCUUUCGCACAGCCACGGUCAAAGCAGACGUCUCUCUUCAAGAAAAGUGCCCUGGGAGAAGAAGGGGAAUUUGUCAGAAAUGCUGUGCUGUUUGAGGGAAGGGAACAAAGUUUCCAGCUGGGGCGCACACAGCGGCUGACCUGUGCACUUUCAUAGGUUUGGUGCUCAUCUCCUAAUAAGACUUAAAUAUCGCAAACUGUAGCACAAAUGAUAUAACUUAUAAUUUACAAGUUGACUAAAAUGGGAGAUAGUAUGAUAUUUGAAAGAAUAAGCAUAUGUUUCUGUUUAUAAAAGAAAAAUCAUCAGACGUCCAGGGACCCCAGCUCCAAGGGCAUGAUUGGGUCACUGCCACGCCGGGCUCCUCAGCACAACUGCAGCCCUGCCAACCUGUCCCGCCUUCUUCACUCCUCCCCUGCGGCCGGGGCCGGGGUGGCCCAGGGACCUGGGGUGCAGGUCGUCCCUGGUGGUGCCCCGGCCUGCCAGUAGCAGCUUCUUCCCACCGAGAGCUUCCACAAGUCCUUGCCCUUUCCGCCUGCUAUGGGUUUGCCGUGUCAUCUGGAAUAAUACUUGAAAUUUUAUUGUUUAAAAAAAAAAAGUUUUUUAUCAGUUGUUGAAAUCACCCAUUAACGUUUGUUUGCAAAAUUGUACCUUUUUUGCUUCUUCUCAGGAAUACGAUUUUCAACUUUGUGUUGCUCUUGAUACAGACUCUGAGAAGCAGCGCUCCGUGGAAGAAGGCCUCCUUCCUGCGUUCUAAUAAACAAGCCGUGUCUGUUUCUCUC